ACUAAUGUUUUGGUAAACAAGAAGAACCAAAUUAGACAUGAGCUACAUACAAUUUGAAAGCGGCAGAGAAAAGGAUAAGGCGCGCCAGGAGCUCCGGGAGGCCCGGGAGGCGAUGCUGCAGCAGGCCAAGGAGCGGGCGGAACUGCGUGGGCAGCGGGAGAGGCAGAAGGAGCUGCGCGGCGAAGCCGACUGGAUGCUGCCCGCGUUGGCCAAGAAACUGGAGAAGCCCGCCAAAAAGUCAAAGAAGAAUGUUUCCAAGCACAAGUCCAGGUCCAAGUCCAAGUCAUCGAAGAAGAGCAGGAAGCACCGCAACAGCAGCAGUAGCAGCGAAAGUUCCACUUCAUCUUCCUCCUCGUUCAGUGAGGAUGAAAAGGAGCGCAAGCGACGCAAGAAGAAGUCCAAGAGGAGCCGUAAGGAAAGCGCCAGCGAGGACGAGUGGGUGGAGGCUCCUCCGCCUCUCGCGGCGGACAAUGUCACUAAGAAGGAGCCCCCUCAGCGGGACGACUGGAUGACCAGCGAGUCUCUCCUUCUGAAGACGUUCUCCAGGGAACGCAAGGAGCCAGCGAAGCCCAACGAGAAGGCCCAACAAAUUGAUGCCUACGAUCCGGCCAAGAGUGGCCGUGAGCUCAAUCCCUACUGGAAGAGCAAUGGCACGGGUCUGCCCGGUUUCCAGAAGCCACAGGACGACGAUGAACGGCAGGCCAAGCCGCAUUCCAGCAGCUCCGCACAGGGAUCCUCACGCGGUUGGCGAAAACCAGGCGCAAAGGCUCCCAGUCCGCCCAGAAGAAGCAGAUCCCGCUCCAAAAGUGCCACAUCAUCUGAUGAGGAGGAGGAGGAGGCGGUGCAGCAGCCCAAGUCCAGACCAUCCUGCCUCACAGACGAACAGAUCAAUGAGCUGGCCGGCAAGGCCAUCAAGGCAGAGCUCAAAGGAAAGAAAGAACUGGCGGCGGAACUCAAUCAGCAAUUGGAGGCCGCACGGAAGGAGCGAGCAGAGUUCAUUGCCUCCGGCGAGUCAGUGCGGAAUGCAAAUACCAGGCCAGCCAAGUCCAAGGCCUCAGCAGAGCACGUGCUGCUCACCAAGGUGGACCAGAGCGGCAACGUGCGUCCGCUGGUGCAGUCCGGCGAUCCGAACGAAUCGUACGGUGGCAGGAUGGGACCAAAACGCGGCAGCAAGAAAGUGGACACCCACGUGGAUGGUCAGCGUGUAAGAUACUUUGCCGAUGAUGACCGCUACGAUAUUAAGCAAAUGUUCGAGCGGGAAAAACACGCCACAGCCGCAGAAGUCAAUCUCCAGUAUGCCGACAUUGUGUCCAAGCACAAGAAUCCCAACGAUGACUUGGAUGACAUAUUCGCUGAUAAGGUGCGCAAACAGAUCUCAGCCAGCGAUGCUGAAAAGCGGGAGAUGCAGAGCGCCAUUAGGGAGCACGAGAAACUGGUGGCCACGCUGGACAACUGCGAGCGGUGUUUUGACUCCGCCAAGUUGGACAAACAGCUGCUCGUUUCCCUGGGCGAUAAGAUCUAUCUCAGUUUGCCGUGGUACAUGGGCCUCCAGAGCGGUCACUGCAUUCUGACGACCCUGCAGCAUGUACCCUGCUGCACGCAACUAGACGAAGAUGCCUGGGAGGAGAUAAGCAACUUCCGUAAGGCACUCACCCGCAUGUUCGCUGCCCGGCGCCAGGAUGUCGUCUUCUACGAGAUUGCCAACAAGCUGCACCGUCGGCCGCAUCUCAGCGUCCACUGCAUCCCAAUUCCCGCCAGCCAAGGAGAGAUGGCGCCCUUCUACUUCAAGAAAGCCAUCGAGGAAUCGGAGCAGGAGUGGUGCAUCAACAAGCAGCUGGUCUCGCUGCGCCAGAAGUCCCUGCGGGCGGCCAUUCCCAAGGGCCUGCCCUACGUAUGGGUUCACUUCGGCAUGGAUUCGGGCUUCGCGCACGUCAUCGAGGACGAGGAUCGAUUUCCGGCUAACUUUGCCCAGGAAAUCCUCGGCGGAAUGCUGGAGUUAAAUCCCAAUGCUUGGCGAAAGCCGCGAAAGGAGGCAAACCCCAUCGGAAAGGUGAAAUCCUUUGCUGAAAACUGGAAGAAAUUUGAUUGCACACAGAACUAGAAAAAUGCAUUGUAAAAAUCAGAUAUCCCAAGAUCAUUUAAAGUCAGAAAAAUGUAAUAUAUAUUUUUAUAUACAUUAGAAAAACCGUUUCAAUUUGCAUUUUUUUUAUAAAAAUAAAUUUCAAAUUAUGAAACGUCGAUAGCACUAAUCGAUUUGUAUUUCCCCCCGUCAGUAUUUCGCAACACUGGUAAACAGCUGAUUGAAAUAAAUAAAUAUUUAGGAAUUUGUUUUUGUGCUUGCU